CAAACCACAAAACCAAACAAUCCUUAAAAGGAAAGGAUUUUCGAGGCUCAAACACAGCCAAUCGAAGAAGCAAAAAAUUCUACAAGUGGUUCUGCUUCUUCACCUCAAUACAUUUGAAAUCUUUUGUUGGGCUACAAAAAUUCGCACUCUAAAGAACCCAAAAAUAACCAGCAAAAAAGAAAUAAUGGCUUGUGCUGCUUUAUCAGCAAACAGCUGCACCAUAGCCUCAACUUCUAGCGGAAGAUUGAGCUUUUGCACAUACCAAAAGGACUCAAAAUUGAGGCAAAAGCAGAGUCUUAUUCGAUUCAGAAUUAGGGCAGCUUCAACUGAUGAUUCUGAUUGCAAUGAUGAAGAAUGUGCCCCUGAUAAGGAGGUCGGGAAGGUGAGCAUGGAAUGGGUAGCUGGGGACAACACCAAAGUGGUUGGGACAUUUCCACCUCGCAAACGUGGCUGGACUGGGUAUGUUGAGAAGGAUACUGCUGGGCAGACAAAUAUAUACUCUGUUGAGCCUGCAGUUUAUGUAGCAGAAAGUGCUAUCAGCUCUGGGACUGCGGGCACAGCUUCUGAUGGAGCAGAGAACACCGCAGCUAUUGCAGCUGGGAUAGCCUUAAUCUCUAUUGCAGCUGCUUCAUCGGUACUCCUUCAAGUCGGGAAGAACUCACCUCCUCCGGUACAAACAAUGGAGUACUCAGGACCAUCCCUUAGCUACUAUAUCAACAAGUUUAAGCUGGCAGAAAUAGUCCAAGCUUCAGUAAUCGAAACACCAAAUGCACCAGAAGUUGUCCAAGCUUCAGCAGCACCAGAAACCGAAGCACCAAAUGCACCAGAAGUUGAAAGCUCUGCUCCAGAAGUUCCUGCUCCCCAAGUUGAGGUCCAAUCUGAAGCCCCUCAGGACACUUCAAGCUCAAGUUCUGACAUCUCUUAGGACAAAUCAUUUAGUUUUCUUGUUAUAUAUUGGUAGAUGACCUAGUAUAUAUAUAUUUCGGUAAGUUUUUGUAAUACUAUUAUUCAAAGAGAAAAUAUUCUGCGUGUCAACAAUCAAUUUAAUUGAAUUACUUAAAUGAUCAUAUCUAUGUA